AUGUCAGUCCCUGUGGAUCUACGGGUUCUCUGCCGACGACUGGCAUCAACACCAGUAGGAGACCUACCUGGCUUGUGUCCAGUUCUAGUCAGCCAUGUCCUACGCUGCAGUGGCCCAUUGUCAUCACCUCUGGAGCCGAAAAACAAGGAGGGUGUCAAUGAGUCCUCUAUGCUUGUGAACAAGUUUAGAACUCAAAUCAACACCCUUUUGAAUGGAAAGACCCCUCAAGGCCGUUUUGUAGCGGUCGUUCUCAUCAAGUCGGUGAUCGAUGUUGGUGGUUGGGAGUGCUUGCGGACAUCAGGCACCUGGGUCAGAGGACUACUCUCAGUUUUGCAGAAACCGGAUCCAAUAGCCUCCAAGGAGUUGGAAAUUGCCACGCCUACGGUUGGCAGUUUUGUCACUGCAUGCUUGCAGAUCAUCAAACCCUCCGGUACCGACAGGUUACCCCAAGCUCCUCUGCAGGUUGUCGAGACUGUGGUCAACGCUCUCUUCACGAUAGUUCCCUUGUUCCCCACCACUCUCCGCCCUUUAGCUGCGCAGAUACGCGCCGCCGUGCGAGUCUAUAUUGCACCCACUACGUCGGACAAGAUCAUCAUUCCAAGGUCUUUGAGAGUGGUUAGCCGUCAUCUCGUCAUCUCUCUCCAUCAGACAGCUCCCAAGAACGGUGUUGCAGAAGAGUGGCAAAAGUACUUUGCUUCAACGAUUAGGGUCUGCCAUUCAACAUCAGACCAAGUCUUUCGUGCUGUUCGGGAGUCGUGGGAGCCAUCCUCAAACCACGAACGGACCGAGAUCUCAUUUGACGAGGAUCCCCAGGGAGGUGGUGACGCUGCCGAGGAGCUGCCAGCGUGGACGGGUUUGCAGAGCGGAGGGGAAAGACUGACAGGUCUCCUCGAGUUGCUCGUGCAGUUCUACCAAUGUCCAUCAAAGAGCCCUGUAGCUCUUUCUCUCGCAACAUCCUCGGACCUGCUGAUGCGACUAUCCCUGGUGCUCCCUCCGGUUCCGGGUACGCAGGAACGAGACUCGUCCAUCACACUUAAUCCGAGCGUCAGCCGGGAGGAGAGAGAAGAGCUAUGGAGUGCGCUACCAGAUGUUCAUCUCGCCACUCUACAUGUGCUUCUAGCCAUGAUCAAGAGGCUCGACUCCCAUAUUCUGGCACAAGUCUCUGAGAUGCUGGAGUUGACGAUAAGGGUGUUCAAGGCCAGCCGACCUGACACCCGGAUACGGGAGGCCGCUUUCGUCAUCAUUCGGGAGCUUCUGUUACUUUCAGGCCCGACUUUGUCAAAGGCGGCGGUCGACCCACUUGACGUUCUCAUCCAAGCUUGCUGCCACGACAUACUCUGUGCGGCUGGGUAUCUCGAGGCUGAGAAACCCCAAGCCAACCCCAGCCCCGCCUCAAACGGCGCGAAGUCCAAGCCUACAGCUACCGCCAAUGCAGAUCUCUUCCUCUCAUCCAAGGACAGCACAUCCUCAUCCACACCCCUGGUCCGUUUAUCCGCGAGCCACCAAGAAGCUGCUGGAUCGCUGCUUGCAACCUUCCUCUCCCACCUCCCCCAGGAGCACCUCAAGAAGGCCGAGCGCGCCCUGCUGGACCGCACGGCCAUCCUCUCGGGCACCAAGAGCGCGAUGGUCUCCUCCGUCCUGCACCCGUACAUGGACAAGAGUGGCAGGUACUUUGCCAACACGCUACCCUUCCUGACGCAGCGGUACCCUCACGAUCCCGACGUCGAGAUCCUCCGAACCAAUAUCCGCUCAAGACCAUAUUACUUUGGCGAUGUUCUGGGCCUGAGCACAAAAGACGGCGCAGCAGGGCUGACGAAUGGCGACGAAGAAGCUGCAAACGCAGGUGGUGAGACCGCAGGGUCUUUCUGGGGCGCGGCAGGGACAGACACCGCAAAGACCGCCGCCACUCGGAGUGGUUUCGGGGCCUUCGGCUCUAUCUCCGAUGACGUCGAUAUGGUUGAGGCUGUAGCCGAGGGAGAGAGCGAACCGGUGCCCGAAGUGGACGAAGAGCCAGAGCCGGUAGUGGAGGCCAUGACACUGAAGCGGAAAAGUGUCGAUGUCGAAGUCGAACCCAGCGCCGCCAAGCGAAUUGACACGGGUAAAGCGCCAGAGCAGACCUCGCUAGCGGAGGCAGAGAAUCAUGAUAGCGGCGAAGAUAGUGACAGCGAUGGAAGCGUCCACCUAGACAUGGUGCUGGAUGAUGAGGACGAUGAUGAGGAUGAAGACUAA